AAAGGCUGCCGCUCCACUCCCAUGGCCUCGCUGACGCCGAGCGAGGUCCGCCUUCUUGAGUCUCUCGACGACGCCAUCACGGCCGAGCUGGCCGCGUGCGACCCUGCGGGCAGGCUGUGCGGGCCAAAGCGGAGCGCUGUCAAGCUCGAGCUACUGCAGAAUUUCUUCGAGAUGCUCGCAUCAAACAACCGGCUGACGCUGACCGCCGCCGACCGCGGCCGCAUCCGCGGCGCCGUGAGCGCGUCGCUGCCGGCCCGCUUUGUCCGGCGCGACCGCGUCGUCUGCAACGUUGGUGGUGCGCGGCCGUGGGAGGCUGGCGUGGUGCACGCUGUCCACGAGCCCGACCCGGACGACGGCUCAGGGCGGCGAAAGUUCGCCUAUAUCGUGCUGACGGACCCGCCAACGGCUCGGCUCGUGUCGGUGCCGCAGGACAGCAACGACCUGAUCCGCGCCGAGGUCUGCUUUGGCCAGCGGGCGGGCGCCCUCUGGUUCACGCGUAUGAGCCUGCCGCAGGCCGCGAGGCGACGGUGCGACGCAGCCCGCUGCUCAGAUAGCGAGCGCUGCUCAGAGAGCGAGUCGUGCCGGCCGGCGCGGGUGGCGGCGCCGCGGCGGGGUGCGGCGAGAGAGGCUGCGUGCGCCGGCGGGCGCCGCUUCGGCGUCGGCGAUCGUGUCUCGUGCGCCGUUGAGGACUCGUCUGGUCUGCUGUCUGACUGGGCGGCAGGCACAGUCCGCGCCGUGGACGUCCUUCUGAAGGGGGCUGGCGGCAUGGCGGGCGGCGUCGUGGCGUACGACGUUCGGCUGGACGGAGGAGGCGGGGACGGAGGCGAAGGC